UCCCCAGCGUGCCACCUCAGGAUGUGUCCAUAACAAUGCCCACUGACCGUAACGACACUGUGCACCUCAGCUGGGAGCCUCCACCUCAUGACGCUCACAAUGGAAUCAUUCAGGGAUAUCAGGUGUGGUGUGUGGAGUCAGAGGAACAGAAGACUUUUAACUGGACGGUGGACAGUGGAACACACAGUAUUGAGAUCAGCACACUGCUGCCCGGAAAGCUGUUCUGGGUCACGGUGGCUGCCGUUAAUGGGGCAGGAGUGGGGGUCCAAAGCAACCCAUACAAACUGCUCAUAG